AUGUUGAAAUUCAUUCCCGAAGAACUUUUAGAAUUUCACGUGUGUUCGUUCCUUGAUCUUGGAACAGUCAUGUCUUUAUCAUUUGCCAAUAAAUUAUUGUAUGAAUUAAUCUCAAAAUCGGAAGUGAUUUGGACACAACUCACCAUUCAUCCUCAUGCCGAUGAAUCAUGUCAUGCCGAUGAUGAUCAAGCUUCAGAAUUAUUAAAGUAUUUAGGACUACGGUUACGGAAGGAUUUGAAUGAUGAUGAUCAUCCUCCCAUUCUGGACGAUCAAGAAUUAUUCACCAUUUUCAAAAACAAGAGAAAUCAAUUCUUAUUCCAUUGGUUUAGACUCUUUUCGUUUUGCACUACAGGUUUUCCCAAAUAUAAUCCUUCUUACAAUGAUUUAAUUGUUUCAAAAAUUCGUUUUACAAAUGGAAAUCAUUCUUUGAGGGUCAUGCAUGACAAGUUGAAAGGUGAUUGGGAAACUUGUAUUGCCAAUAAGAAACUUCAUCGAGGAAUUACAUAUUACUGGUGUGUGCAUUUGACCACUUACGAUGAAGAGAAUGCAAAUAAUGCAUGGGUUGUACUCAUAGGAGUUGAUAAUUUAGAAAAUCAACCUCGAGAUGGCUUGAGUUCUUCCAUGCAUUACUGGUUUGGACGAUCUCCUUCCAAGGGUUUUGGUUACUGUGUUGCAAGCGACAGUGGAUACAAUAGCUAUGAAGGAGCACAUUUAAACAAACAAGGUGACGUGAUUGGGGUGGAGUUUUAUCAUGAUCCUCACCUGAAUCAAGUACGAAUGAAAUUCUAUCCCAAAAACGGAUGUGAAGAAAGAAGUUACAAUUUCUCAUAUACCACAUUGGAUGAAGAGUCAAGGAGUGUAGAAGUAUCCUUUAGACCAGCUGUUUCAGUAGUUUCCAAUAUGGCUGUUUCAAUAUUCCCAUGGGAUGGAAAUGUGGAAACUCUCAAAAACUUUUAUCCAAACGAAUGA